CUUAAUAAAGUCAAACAAAGAGCUAGAGAUCUAGAUCUAGAUAGAUCUAGAUCUAGAAUCCUAACUUAGCUACAUCUAGGCGGAGUCGAAAUCUUCAAAAUAAUGGUUUCAGACGAUGUCGUGUAUGCAACUGCGAUAACGCUGUCAGUUGCCGCUGGUCCAUUAUUUCGUGACGUUUUAAAAGAUUCUUACUCCAAAAGAUGGGUAUCAACAAUUUUAGGUGUAAUCCUACUUUUAGUAACCUGUGGAUAUCACUUUAUUCAUUUAUGCAUAACAGUGAUAGGGAACUGUAUUCUUUUAAGCUUGGUUCCAGCAUCCAAAAAUGAUAGAAAUCUUCCUUGGAAAAGUUUUCUGUGGAAUUUUGGAUACCUUACUGUUUUCCGAACGAUACAUUGGAUCGGUAUUCCUCCCCCUUCACCUGUUACAAAUGCUGCUCAGUUGUUCCUCACCUUGCGUAUGGUUGGCCUUGCUUUUGAAGUGCAGGACAGUUACCUGAGAAAAAAAUCAUUGGAUUCAAAGUCUGAUAAUAAUGAAGUUGAAUUAAAAAUAAAAUAUUGCAACAUAGAGGUAAAAAUUUUGGACGUCAUCAGUUAUGCAUUUUGCUACAUCGGGUUACUGACUGGUCCUUACUUUAAAUAUCGUACAUAUUUGGAUUGGCUACACCUUUCAGAUAAAGCUAAUUUAAAUAGAAAAGAACCGCUUCUGAAAAGGGCUUAUGAAUUUCCAUUUAUUGCAGUAUCAUUUUUAUUUUUUUCUUAUUUCUUUAACAUCCAGCAUGUUGAAACAGAUGAAUUCUUGGAUCAUUCAUUUGUAUAUCGUUUGCUCUACAUGGUGCCCAUGUUUAUUAUCUUUCGCACACGGCUAUACAUAGCAUGGAUUUUGUCAGAAUGCAUGUCAGUUACUGCAGGACUUGGGGCGUAUCCUAAAAAUUCUGUCCCUAAAUGUGGCGAAGGGCCCACAAAUUAUAAACAACUGGAGAUGGCUUUAGAAGAUGAAAAAGAUGGUAAAGAUAGUGACUAUGAUUUUGAAACUAUCCAUAACAUUGAUAUAUAUGGAUGCGAACUGGCUCCAAUGACUAAACAAGGAUUACGAAGUUGGAAUAUGACGGUUCAGUAUUGGCUGGCAACUUAUAUUCAUCGCAGAGUACCAUCUCAUCUAAAAGCCCAUAGGGUCGCAAUAACAAUGGCAGUGAGUGCAUUUUGGCAUGGUAUCCACCCUGGUUACUACUUGAGUUUUCUCACGGUACCUCCCAUACUCAUGGCAGAGGAAGCAAUGAUCAAAGGUUUUCGUGAAGGAAAAUCGCCCCAAGUGCAACAAAUCUUUGAUUGGGGCUGUUGGUUUUUUAAAAUGCGAGGUUUUGAUUAUAUGUGCAUGGGAUUUCUGCUUCUCAGGCUAGGGUCAACAAUUAGAUAUUGGUAUUCCAUCUACUUCAUGGGUCAUGUUUUCAUCUUGAUAUUUUUACUCAUUGGUAACAUUGGCAUGGUUCUUAAUAAACAAAAAAAUAAAAAGAUAGAAGCUGAGAAGUCUAAUUCAAUUUCAACACAGGAGAAAAAACUAAGUUGAACUAUCUUCACUAUCUUUUUGAUGUUGAAGAAAAUCAAACAGCUACUUCAUUUUAUAAUGGCACAACAGUUUUAAAAAAUCAGAUCCAGAAAUUGAGCAUAAAUUAAAAAAACUCAAGCAUGAUAUCUAAAUAUUUCAUUUUUACACAAUACAUUAAAAUAAAACCAAUCUGGGUAAACACAUGUAGCAGAUUCUAAUUUUCAUCCUGUUGUUCACAAAAUUAACACUUUAUACAUAUCAAUUAUGUUCUAUUAUAACUUUAAAAUGAAACAAAUAAUAUUUUUUUAAUUUCUUAAUCAUCAAAAGCUGAUCCUAUUGAUAUUGUGACAUUUUUGUGACUUCAGAAGUUCAAAUAUCUGUUACUAAAAAUGGUACAUGUACUGUCAUCAAGAUGUAAUGAUUAAAUAUAAAAAAUGGAUGUAUAAAAGUAGAUGUAUAAAUGACUGUACCAACAAGGUGAAGUGAUUGAAUAGUAACAUUUGAAAUGUUAUCUUUUUAUAACUAUUCCAUCUAUUACCAGUACCGGUUACUGUUUUUAUGAAAUCAUACAUAAAAUCAUAUUUUCCUUAAUACUACUCAUUUGUGUUUGUUUUUAAACUCUUCAGACGAUAUAAAAUAUUGGGAAUAAUCGCUUUAUGAUGUGCAAGAGUGGGCAUUUUUUUUUACAAUUUCACAUAAAGAAUUUAAAAUAAUUAGCACAGCCAAAUUGACCUGUGAUCAGUUCAUGAAUUGUGAUGUAUUACAUGCAGUUGUUAUUUAUGGAUAAGUAAGUGAAACUAUCUAUAACCUAUUAAAAUUCAUUUCAUUUAUACCAUUAUUAAAUAGUUUUGCAAAAAUUGUUAGUUGUUUUAUUUUAAAUUUGUAUCUUAAGUUAUAAACCUUUACAACAUGUAUUGAGGCAAAACAUGCUUGGUCAACAUUAUCCUCCCGCUUAUUAAAGUAUUUUUCCAAAAAAAAAUUUGGCUUUAUCAUCACUACUUGUUAGGCUACAUUUAUUUUGUUGUCUACAUUGUAACUGAUCUAACUGGCAUUUUUAAGAAGUAAUGUAUGAAUUAAAAUAUUUAUGUUCAGGGUAUUUAUAACAAAAUAUGAAAUUGAAAGUUCCUUCCAUUAAUAUGGUGCUACAUAACUAUUUACCUAAUAAGAAUGAAUGAACAUUCAUUUCAUCCCUCAGUCGUUGUAGGUAAAGCUAACAUUGUUACAGUAUGUCUUAUGGUCAUGUAUAAACAUUUUAGCGUAGAAAAGAGUCUCUGUACAUUUUUAAAUACAUUCUUUAAAAAAAAAUUUUUUUUUAAGAUUUAAGUAGUGUGUGUUGCUGGGUUUAAAAACAAAAAUUGUCAAUACAUGAGAAAACAUUGCAUCUCAUAGAGUAAUGUUGUAUUGUUUUAAAAUGUUCUUGAGUACUUUGACAUGUGCAUAACUCAAAAGAUUCAAUUCUUAUUCUUCCUCAAUAAUAUUUUAUGCUGCACUUUCUUAGUAUUUUAUAAAUUAUACUGUUUGCUUCAUGAAAUGGAGAUGUAUGAUAGCUCAGAAAUAGCACAAGAUAAACUUGUUUUGAAAUAAAGACAACACUAAAAUAAAA